UCUCUACUAAAUUAUGAUAUCAUUAACUUAAACAGAAGUCUAGGUAAUUCAAUUGAUGAUUUUUAUAAGAUGCCACAAGAACCAACACAAUCAAAGCAAAAAAGGAAGAAAACUAAGUAAACCAAAAAAUCAGUCUAAUGGUCAGAGGAUACGAUUGAUAACGAAAAUGCAGGAAAAUUAAAAUUUAAUGGUAACAAAUGUAUAAACUUUUAGUUUGCAGAGCACAGUUUACCCAUAAAUUAGACGAAAAUGAGAAAUCUGACACAUGCACAAGUGAUGACGAAUCAAAUGCCAUAGAAAGAGACAAAAAAUCAAAGCAGAGACACAAAUUAAAAUGUUCUAAACUUAAGCAAAAGGACAAUUCAUGA